AUGGGUGUGCCGUCGGUGCACCGUGACGAGAAGCCAGUGGGAUUUCGACUGCUUGCAGCAAACUGGAAGCGCUUUUUUCUCCGUAGAUCAAAGUCGUGUUUCGUAGAGGACUUGGAUUAUCCAUACCGGGAGGUGGAGGGCAUACCCAUUCUGACAGCUGCAGACGAAGAAAUCAUUGGUGAAGUAAACAAUUCCGAACAUCAGGGUACUGCUAUUCCCCCAAACACAGAUGUGGAAAGUAGUGCUGAUGGUGAUUGCGAUCUUGGUGUGGAUGUCAAGGCUCUGAACGAAACGUUGCCGGAAGAGGGAACGGAACAUAUUGAACUGGCCGAGUUCUCGAAAGCCAACAAAAUCACUACAGAUGAGGAAACGAGCUUCGACGAAGAUGGUACGUUAGCUGGCGGUGAAGACAAUGCGGACAAGCAUCUACCCCCGUCUGCGGAGAUAAAAGGUGAAGAAGAUGCUCCGCCUGAGGAUUACUUGGUUGAAGAAGUAUCAUCAGAAAGUAUUGAUUAUUCAUGCACAGAUGAUGGUAUGACAGAGGUGACUUACCUCAGUGACGAUACGAGCGGUGAUGACAAUGCCGAUGAUGAAGACGAAGGUAGUGAUUCGGUAGUGUCUUCGGCAUCAUCGUCGAUUAGAUUCGGACAGCUGCGGAAAAUCAAAAGACGAGUUGACCCAGCUCUGCAGUCGAAGGGUUGUUUCGGGUUGUCUUUUAUCAUCGUGCUCAGCAAACUAUUUUUGCAACUACAGCGUCGUCCCACGCGCCAGAUGCGGAGAAUAAUGAGACAAGAAAUGAUGUUGCCCAUCUCGCCAGAUGGCCUUCUGAAUUUCGCCUCCUCAGUUGAUCGUACUGAACAGUACGAGGGAGGUCGUGGUGAAUGCAGAGCCAGGAGAAAACAUCUUUAUUCGAAGCAUCGGAGACAAUUAGAUGCCUCCGUUGGUACAGGACAUUCGGAUAUUGCGCGACAGACAUCAAGUUGCAUACCUAACGUUGAUAGCGAUGAUGUCGAAAACAACGAGAUGAUCGCGUUGAUGCUACACAAGAACGAUCAGCUGAAGUGUGCUUUGGUACUUUGCCGCAGGAAGAUAAAAUUGUUGAAGCGCCAGGUCAGACACAACAGCGCCGUGCGGCUUGCAUACAAUAUGCCUAGGAAGAGAAUCAUAGACGAUUUGGAUGAGUCCUCCUGUUGA